UGCAUGUACAUAAAGCAGCAGCGUCCUCACCGUCCUCUGUUGGAAUUCUUGAAGUAGUUUCUCAAAGUGGCAGAGCAAGAGAGACUGGCCGACAGAGAGAGAGAGAGAGAUUGUGUGUAAGCAACCAGACAGUGGAUGGGGGCGGCACUCCUGAAGCUUUUUGGCUGCUCCCCAGGGUUGACAGAUCCUUUGCGUUUCCGCCAGCUCACUUACCUUGACGUUUCCUGAGCGAGGGAGAGGAAGGGAGGGAGGGAGAGAGAGAGAGAGACCGAGGAUCGGUAUAUGAGUCACAUUCUGAAGCGAUCCAGCGGUAGCGGCACGGCGAUUGCAACUGUUCAGCUGAAAUUCUACAGGCGGUAGCGGCGGAGCCUGGCUCCAGGAGAGAGACUUGUGGAGACAGCGGCGGGGAUUUAUCUUCUCCCUCUCUUUUUGUACCUGUUUGCAGUUUGGAUGAUCGGUAGCACCUGAGCCAAGGAAGGCAGCUAGGCAGGAGAGAUACUAUAAAACCCAAACUCUUUUCAAAUCUAAAAAAAACAGAAAACAACUGCACUCCAGAGGCGAGAGGAAACUAUCUAUUGAUCGACUCCAACUUUUUAUUUUACUUCUCCCCACCCCUUUCGGAUUUUUUUUUGCCAUCGCUGCUGCCCCGCACCCUGUGGGCCGAUGGAGGCCGGUGUGGAAGAUCCUUUAGCCGGCAGGAUUUGAGCCUGGGUUUGUUUGUUCACGCUGUUUUUACAGGUGGAGAUUAUUUUGGGUCUUUUUUUUCCCUCCCUCUUCCCCCACUCUCAAAACCCCGCCUUUUCUUUUCACUGGCUGCCGGGGUUGGUUUAUUUACAGUACUGCGAACUUGUGUGUUUUUACUCUGUUAAAGAACACACAAGGGGGAAGGAGGAGGAGGUGGUGGUGGAGGUGGUCGGAGUUGAAUGGGGAACCAGGUGGAGAGACUGACCCAUCUGAGUUACGCCGAGGUACCGACGGCGGAACCGGCGGGGACGGAGCCGGGACCCCGCAUCGGGGUCUCGUACAUCUUCUCGGUGGAUGAGGACGACGAGUUGGGCGAGGAGCCGGUGGCCGGAGAGGACGGUCCGGACAGGCGGUCAGCCCCCGGAGGGGACAGGGAGCAUGAGCGGGAUAAGGAGGAGGAGGGCGGCGGCGGCGGCGACAGGGAAAGGGACACGUACGACCUCCUAAACGAGGUGGAGUGCUCCGUCUACUACCGGGACCAGUGCAUCUACGAGAAGAGAAGGAGGGCAGGCCGCUCGGCCAAGGGAGACGGCCAGGAGCUGCUGACCCCUCAGCCGGCCGAGAUCCUGCUGGGCAGGUGCCAGCCCGGGGACCUGGUGGAGUUUGUGGCGGCGGGUCAGUGCCCGCACUGGGUUGUCUACGUGGGCGACUUCCAGGUGGUUCACCUGCACCAGGCGGAGAUCCGCAACGACUUCCUGACGGACGCCAGCCAGGGCCGGAGGGGCCGCCUGGUCAGCCAGCGGUACCGCUUCAAGGCGCUGCCGGCGGAGGCGGUGGUCCGGGCCGCCCUGCAGCAGGUCGGUGUCCGGGGGGCACAGCUCCGCUGGAGCAGCUCCGAGUGCUUCGCGGCGUGGUGCCGCUGCGGGCGCCGGGAGUUCAAGGUCGGCGGGGAGCUCCGCAUCGGCAAGCAGCCGUACCGCCUGCAGCUCCACCUGUCCGAGCACAGCAGCCACACGCUCGAGUUCCAGAGCCUGCACGACCUGGUCCUGGAGAAACGCCGCAACGACCAAAUCGGCAAAGUUGCUCUGAUCCGCGAGCUCGCCGCUCAUCUACACGGCGACGAGCAGCAGAGGACUGACCACCCACACCCCCACUGAGGGGCUGGCACUCACCCCACCAUCCCAACACUGAGAGGGUCAAACCUGACACAACCCCACCAUCCCAAUACUCAGAGGGUUAGACUUGGGACUGACCCCACCAUCCCAACACAGAGGGUUAAACCUGGGACUGACCCAACCAUCCCAAUACUCAGAGGGUUAGACUGACCCCACCAUCCCAACACUGAGAGGGUUACACUGACCCCACCAUUCCACUACUGAGAGGGUUACACUGACCCCACCAUCUCAAUACUGAGAGAGUUACACUGACCCCACCAUCCCAAUACUGAGAGGGUUAAACCUGGGAGUGACCCCACCAUCUCAAAACUGAGAGGGUUAAACUUGGGACUGACCCCACCAUCCCAAUACUGACAGAGUUACACUGACCCCACCAUCCCAACACUGAGAGGGUCAAACCUGACACAACCCCACCAUCCCAAUACUCAGAGGGUUAGACUGACCCCACCAUCCCAACACUGAGAGGGUUACACUGACCCCACCAUUCCACUACUGAGAGGGUUACACUGACCCCACCAUCCCAAUACUGAGAGGGUUAAACCUGGGAGUGACCCCACCAUCUCAAAACUGAGAGGGUUAAACUUGGGACUGACCCCACCAUUCCACUACUGACAGGGUUACACUGACUCCACCAUCCCAACACUGAGAGGGUUAAACCUGGGAUUGACCCAACCAUCCCAAUACUCAGAGGGUUAGACUGACCCCACCAUCCCAAUACUGACAGGGUUAGACUGACCCCACCAUCCCAAUACUCAGAGGGUUAUACUGACCCCACCAUUCCAAUACUGACAGAGUUACACUGACCCCACGAUCCCAACACUGAGAGGGUUAAACCUGGGACUGACCCAACCAACCCAAUACUGAGAGGGUUAAACCUGGGAGUGACCCCACCAUCUCAAAACUGGGAGGGUUAAACUUGGGACUGACCCCACCAUCCCAAUACUGACAGAGUUACACUGACCCCACCAUUCCAACACUGAGAGGGUUAAACCUGGGACUGACCCAACCAUCCCAAUACUCAGAGGGUUAGACUGACCCCACCAUCCCAACACUGAGAGAGUUAUACUGACCCCACGAUCCCAACAAUGAGAGGGUUAAACCUGGGACUGACCCAACCAUCCCAAUACUGAGGGGGUUAAACCUGGGACUGACCCAACCAACCCAAUACUGAGAGGGUUAAACCUGGGAGUGACCCCACCAUCUCAAAACUGGGAGGGUUAAACUUGGGACUGACCCCACCAUCCCAAUACUGACAGAGUUACACUGACCCCACCAUUCCAACACUGAGAGGGUUAAACCUGGGACUGACCCAACCAUCCCAAUACUCAGAGGGUUAGACUGACCCCACCAUCCCAACACUGAGAGAGUUAUACUGACCCCACGAUCCCAACAAUGAGAGGGUUAAACCUGGGACUGACCCAACCAUCCCAAUACUGAGGGGGUUAAACCUGGGACUGACCCCACCAACCCAAUACUGAGAGCGUUACACCGACCCCAACAUCUAAAUACUGAGAGAGUUACACUGACCCCACCAUCCCAAUACUGAGAGGGUUAAACCUGGGAGUGACCCCAUCAUCUCAAAACUGAGAGGGUUAAACUUGGGACUGACCCCACCAUCCCAACACUGAGAGAGUUACACUGACCCCAAAAUCUCAAUACUGAGAGGGUUAAACCUGGGACUGACUCCACCAUCUCAAUACUGAAAGAGUUAAACGUGGCACUGUCCGAAUCACCCCCUACUAAGAGACUUAAAAUUGGAACUGACCACACCACAUUUAGAAAGCAAACCAAACUCUAACAUGGAACUGACCACCACCAAUCCCCAAUGCAGAGGGUUUAACCGUGGUCUGAUGACACCAACCUUACACAGGGUUAAACCUUACUCUGGGACUGACCAUGCAAGCACUGCUAAGAGGGCUAAACUCAGCCUACGAACUGUUCCCACCCCCUGUCACCACCUCCCUCGGACCUGGUUAUACCCUGGUAUUGACCGUAUUAUACCAACUGAGUGGGUUAAACUACCCCCUCCCCAAGCACAAUCUAAAUAUGACUACACAACAGCCGUGGAGUGGAUUAAAAACUGGGAAUGACCACAACACACAGUGAACUGUUUAAAUUUGGGACUGUCUGUAACACCCAUUGAGCAGAUUAAAACAACAUAACACACAUUAAAACCCCUAUAGACUGGGAUUGACUGUAACAGACUGAACAGGUUAACCAUCUCUUGCCUACCCCCACCACUACCACCGCCACCAACCAACCAACCAACCAACCAAAAACUGGGACAUUCGUUGAUCUUCUGUGUUGGAAUGAAGAGUUUCACCAUGAGUUUCUUUCCUAUUUCUUCUGAUCCAGACAAACUGAAAGGAAGCAUUUUCAAGUGGGUGGAUUACACAGAAGUCAAAAUGUAAUCAUCUUAUGCAUUUGCCACACCGUGUUAACUUACAAGCAACAUCCCUGAGUUAACAUACCCACUGUUUAUGGUGUUGGAGUUGUUUUGUACUCUCGUGAUCAUCUGUGACUUGUCACCUCCCCUAAUCCACCACCUCUACCCCACACCCUCCCUCCUUUUAUAGUGCCUGGGUACAUCAAACCCUCACUUUAACUGAGAAUCCAACAACUUCUCCUCAAAAGGGGAAGAUUUCUCGGUUGUAACAGUUCCUUCAAAAUGAAGGGCAAAGUUUACUAAUGGAAGGGGUUCGUUAAGUUGAUCUGAAGAAAGCAAGAAGCCAGGUUAAAGACUGUUGCAGCAAUGAGCAAUGCAUACUGGUUUAGAGUGAUUCAGUCAGGAGCAUUCUGAAGUGCAUCAUUUACCAAUUACUCUCCACUCACGUUUAAUUAAAAAGUACAAGUACUUUAUACAGUUAACUGGAGAAAAUAGCACCUGCUGAUUUUAGUUUUAAGUUCAGUUUGAAGACGGUAUUGGUUUUGGUUGGUUUCCAGUGUUGAUGAUACAUGUUCCCAUGAUACAUUGAACAGAGUUUGAAGGUAUUCAUAUUUCUUGCACAUCUUUACUGAGAUUGAAUUGAAUAUUUUUAUAAUGAUAUUUUUGAAUUUAUUGUGCAUUACAUUAUGCACUACAGUUGAUUCUUUUUGCCUGCCUUAAUGUUGAUGUGUAUAACAUAUCAAAGUUUUGAAAGGUUCUAAAGAUCAACAGAAUGCACAGAUUAUGUAUUGAUAGUGUCUAAGCACUUGUGUUAAUUGCAAAACUAUGUAAUAAAAUGUUGGAUUACAUGAUUUUUCCAUGUGAGAAGCAAUAUACAGUAUUCAUGCAAACACAAGGAAAUUUUCCUCACAACUCUUGUCUCUCUUCCACUCCCUUCCUUCAUCCAUUUCCCCCCUUUCCCCAGGAAAGUUCUAAAGUGCAUUUAAUUUUGCUGUAGCAAUAAGUUCCUAUAUUUAUCUCACUCUUUUCACAAUAUCUGGACAUUCCAAAUAUUUUCACAGCUGAUUUAAAUACUUAUAAGUAAUUAUGUAUACUUAUAUGUAAAAUAAUUGCAGUUACUUUUAUAAUGUAGGACACAUGGCAGUCAGCUUGUAAACAGCAAGCUCUCUCAGACAGCAAAGUGAUAAUUCGAAAGAUUGUUUUCUUUUUGUGAUAUUGAUUGAGGAAUACAUAUUGCCCAGCUCACCAGGGAGAAAGCUCCUGUUCUUCUUUGAAGUAGUGCCACAGAAUUGUUUUGCAUUUACUUGAGAAGGCAGAUGGGGCCUUGUUUAAACAUUUCAUUUGAAAGACAAAGCCUCCAAGGGGGCAGCACCGCCUGGUUACUGCUCUGGAAUCACUAUAAUUUAUUUUGUGUUUUAGUCUUGUACUUGGACUUGAGUCAUAGUAAGUUUACAGCCUAAAAAGAGCCUUUUGGCACAUUAUGUCUGCGUCUGCUGAAAAAUGAGCUUUCCACAUUUCUGCAUUUGAUAAGUAGCCCUGCAGUUUAUUGCACUUGAGCUGCAUGUCCAGACACCCUAUAAUUGAAUUGAGCAUAUCUGCCUCUGUUGCCCUUUCAGCAGUAUUCCAGAUGACUGCCACCCUUGCAGUGAAUAAACCUUUCUUCAUCUCCUCGCUAAGCUUUCUACUUUAAAUCUAUGCCUCCUAGUCACUGACCCCUCUGCCAAUGUAGAUUGGCCCUUCCUAUUCACUCUAUUGAUGCCCAUUGUACCCCCAACCUUUAAAUUAAAAACCAAGUGAAUUUUCUCUUCCAUGAUCAAAAAGCAAAACAUCACUUGUUCAGGUUAGUAAACAAAUAGAAAAACAUACCCAUUGCUACAGCAGAUCAGGUGAAUUUACCAAAUAAUUAGCCAAUCCACAUAGAUCUGGAAGAUCCCGAGUUUACACUGCAGUCUGUGGUGAGUUAGCAGAUCCCUAUCAGGGAAUUGCCUUUGAAUAAACUUUCAUUAUUUCAUCCUGCUGUGCUUAGUAGAAUUAAAUGGCUAUAGCAGAGAGAAAGCCAUUGACCUAUCGUCUCCAUGGUGGCUCUUUGCAAGUGCCAUAUAAAAAGACUCACUCCCCAAUCUUUCCCUCUGGCCCUACAAAUACCACUCAUUAUGGGCUGGUAGAACUGACUUUUGAUAGCACUUUUGAAUAUGUCUCUAUCAGUCUCACAACCAAUGCAUUCCAGAUCCUCACUGUGUAAAACCCCAUUUCCCUAAUUGGUUAUUGAUUCUUUUGCUGAUCACAUUAGAUCAAUAUCCUCUUUUUCUUGACCUUUCCACAAUGGGGGACAUUGUCUGUAUACCAUGAAAGUUUCUCAUGAUUUUAAUCAUCUCUAUCAAAUCUCUGGAUGUUUUCUUUCAGAAGAACAUUCUAUGUAAAUGAAAUGCUGGUGUAGCAAGUGAGUAAAUAUACCUA